GUUCCUGCGCCAGUCAGUGAGUCCCAUGAUGCCAUGCUGGCGGAGGUGCAACGGCUGGAGGCGGCACUGGGGAGCAUUAGGCAGGACCUGCAGGGGGUGAUGGGAUGCCAGGGCAUGGGGGACCGCUUGAACCAUCUCCAUGACAUGGUGUCUGAGCAGGUGUCUGUUCAGGUGAGGCGAGAACUGCGGAUCCUGUUCUACGGCAGUGAGCAGGCCGGAGAUUCCGAACCCGGGGAGAAGGAACUCCCUGAGUCACUAAUGCAGUGGCUCUCUGAGCGUUAUGUGAGCGGGGCAGACCUGCAGGCCUCUCUGGCCUCCCUGGAGCUCAGCAUCCUGCAGAACGUGAGCUUGCAGCUUGAGGAGAACAGGGCCAGGCAGGAGAUGCUCAGCACUGAGACGGUCUCUCAGACCGUGAUGCACACUGUUGGGGCCGGGAUGUCCGAGGAGCAUGUGCAGCUGAUGGUGAAGAAUGCUCUGAAACUCUACUCCCAGGAUCGGACCGGCCUGGUGGACUACGCUCUGGAGUCUGGAGGUGGCAACAUCCUGGGCACUCGCUGCUCUGAGACGUUUGAGACAAAGACUGCACUGAUGAGUCUGUUCGGCCUCCCACUCUGGUACUUCUCACAGUCUCCUCGUGUGGUCAUACAGCCCGACGUCCAUCCAGGGAACUGCUGGGCGUUUCAGGGUUCCCAUGGUUACCUGGUGAUGCGUCUCUCCAUGAGGAUCGUGCCCUCUGCCUUCUCAUUGGAGCACAUCCCCAAAGACCUGUCGCCAACAGGCAACAUCGACAGCGCCCCACGCCAGUUUAACGUCUAUGGUCUGGAUGAUGAAUACCAGGAGGAGGGUAAGCUACUUGGCAGCUAUACCUACCAGGAGGAUGGUGACGCGCUACAGACUUAACCCGUCACCGAGGAGAACGAUAAAGCCUAUCAGAUCAUAGAGGUUCGGGUGCUGUCCAACUGGGGACACACGGAGUACACCUGCCUCUACCGCAUCAGAGUGCACGGUCAGCCCAGUAUCAACUGAUGGCACAGAGUAGACCACCCUGCCUACAUUUGAAUGUUCUGCAGAUGACUGGAGGCAUAUUAUGCAAAAAAUUAUUGGAUGACAAACAGUGCUUUACUAUUGGUCGAAAAAUGUUUCAAGUACAUUUUUCUCAGUCUAUUUAGACAUGAGCUAUACGUAUUCUGAGACCAAACUGGAUUCUUGAGUGUUGAGCCCCUUCUCGCACAUGGUUAAACCAGGUUUUAGCAUGUUCUCUUACGAAUAAUGUAGACGUGUACAUUUUGUCAAUAGUAUGUCAUUUUAAGUCUACUAAUGUCAAAUGCUUUGAAAGAUGUAUAUG